UCUGACUUUCUGAUAAAUACAGGAUGUACACUUGUGUGUGCUGCUUGCAGGAAAAUUGGACUAGUAGGAGGAAGAGAAGGAGAAAGAUCAACAGCAAAAUGGUUGUGCCACUGACAUCCAGUUCUGAUGCCUGUCAGAAGCAUGGUCGCUUGAAGGGCAGAAGAGUGCGGAGCCUUGCGCUCAUGGGUUUGCCACAGAUGGUUCGCUGUCCAUGCUUUGUUGUUUUGCUCGCAGCAGUCAUGUUGUGGCCACGUGGUAGUGGAACUUGUCGUUCUCUCAUGUGGGUCAGGCUGUGGACCACUGUCACAGCAGCAGGAGUGCCAGAAACAGGCGAAGCAGAACCGUUGUCUGAAAUUCCAGAGGGGACUGCAGAUAAUAUGGGGAGUUUAGUAGCGGCCAUCUCUGAAAGAGUGAAGAAAAUUUCCGACAAAGCACGAGAAAAUCAUGCCAAUAGCUGUGGUAUGCUGGCGAACUGUACCACAGGCAACCACCGCUCACGUUUGGCAUGUGGUUACCGUCAAGGAGAUAAUUAUACCUGCCUCGAUGGGUUUGAAUUUGAUCCAUCAUUAUGCACGCUUAAUGGUGAACCGGAUAAAGAAAACAGAACAUGCAAACGCCUUAAACAAAUUUUUGAUCAAACAUUUGUAAGGUAUCCAUUGGUUGAUGGCUCAAUACACCUGAUGGUUAAUGAUACUAUCAUUCGAGACACAUGCACCCAGUCGCCCUUACAUGAUGUUUUCCAAAGUUGUGUUAGCACACAGGAUUUUCAACGCGCAGGGGGUUUGUACUUUGGGUCUGUAUCGGGCAUUCAUUGGGGGCUCCCAGGCCUGAAUCAAUUUAUUGGUGGGGAUGGUUAUUACCCAUACAAUUGUCGGGAAAAGACACUGAUAUAUGAUCCACGUCAUCGACCAUGGUUUAAACAGGCUUCGUCACCCAGGAAACAAGUUUCAGUGCUUGUUGACUUAACGAACGACAUUGGAGGGACAAUGGUUCUCCCAGGGGGAUAUGACAAGAGGACAAAGCUUGAAGUCGUUCGUACCACUCUUCGGGAGCUUGCCAAGACCUUUCGAGAAUCUGACGAUGUGGCACUUACGAUAUUUCCAUCUUGCAAUUAUACAAGGGAGACGUUUCGUGAAGAUGACAGUGAGGAACUGAGUCUUUUCAAGAAAGCUUUGGAGGAAAUGCAACCUGCAGAAAAUAGUCCAACACAAGAUCUUGCAGACGGCAUCAAUUGCGCUUUACAGCAAUUGAAUUUUAUGUCGGCAAGUGAUAAAAUACAGUUGUGCCUCCUUGAGGACUUGCAAAACCUCCUCAAGGUGCCUGACGUGCUCUUCCAUGGACUUGCUGAAAAUCAGGAUGUCGUCGAGGUAAACAACAACAAACCUGUUGAGCUGAUGGCGAAGAACCUUGUCCAUGAGGCACUGAAAUGUGGCUGGUGCAUUCGUAAGACCGAAGGGCAUAACGAUGAAUUCGUACAACCCAUCACGUGUCUUGAAUGCAGUUUUGUGCUGGUCGCUCGGAUCAACUUCAAUCUGGUGGUAGCCAGAUUUGAGGUCGAUCUUGGAGCAGACUUUGCAUCCACCUGCCGCAUCUAUGCGAGACAAAGGAUAAGCAUUCUUUUUGGUGAUCCGAUUUAGGCCACGAUAGUCAAUACACAUUCGGAGUUUGCCUCUUCUUCGGCACAAACAAGACAGGUGCACCGAACUC